CCGGCCGAAAGGACACGGGACAGACGGCCGUGCAUCAAUUACCCAUUGCCCGCGUGUCUCUCGCUCUGCGUUAUGCCGCGAAAACAGAGCUUUUCAUUGUAAGAGACGGUAGCACUUUGUGCAUUGUCCCGAUUGUGUCGUCCGUACUUCGUCAUGUCCAGCCUCUUUGAGCGAAUUAAAAGUGCCAUUCCGAAAGACGGGCUGCAAAUCGCAUCCUACAAAGUCAUCCGCCAGAUCCAGGAUUACGAGGAGAGAAUUUAUCCACCGCAAACGUGGGUCAGGACUCAGAUAAAGAGCACUUCGAGAGAGGAUUGCACUUAUCCGAUGUUUUGGAAACUAUUCAACUACAUUUCUGGACAAAACGAAAGGCAAGAAAAAAUCCCAAUGACUGCGCCCGUCUCCGUUCUGGUCGAGCCGGACGAUCCGUCCGAAGCCGCUGAUUACCGCCAGAAUACCUUUACGAUGGCCUUUUACAUUCCUGCACCGUUCGACGAGGAUCCUCCGCAACCCAACGACCCUAGCGUCUCCAUUGAACAUCGACCCGAAAUCAGAGUUCUCGUCAGAACUUAUGGGGGUUUCAGUAACGACCGCAUAGACCAAGAAGAGCGUUGCCACCUGCUCGCCUCGCUUACUGCGGAGGACAGAGAAAUGGUGCAAGACCUACUGAAUAAACCGGGCGGUGGCGUUUAUUAUUGCGCCGGUUACGAUCCGCCUCUCAAGCUCUUUUUCCGGCGAAACGAAAUUUGGCUCCCUAUCCAAGGGCAAAACGAUAACUCAGGCGGUUCGACUAUUUCCCCCGUUAAUUAAGCAGUAGGUUACUAUGUGUCCAAACCCACGAUGGCCGCAACGUUGAGCGAAAACCGCAAAACUUAACAAAUUAUUUAUAAUUUCCCUUUUCCAUAUAGACAUGCCAUGUUGUGUCCUUCUCAAUUCUUCACGUGUUUACAAUACAGUCUGCACAGUA